AUGGCGGAGGCAUCAAAAAGCAAGUCGAAUGCCGUAGAUGACGGAAAUUAUGACAAGGAGGUUAUUUCCAAGUUUCCUGACCUCGAAUUGGCUCAAAUUCGAUUUUUAGUGAAUCACCCGGAGCUUGACAAGGACUUAAAGGCUCAGAAACUUGAAGCUUUGCAAUUGGCCAUUACUGAGAAUAAUAUGGCUCCGUUUUAUGAACUCGUGUGUGCAGAUUUAAAAGUUCCAGCAGAUGCCGCUCGUUUGAGCCAAAUGAAAGCUGAAAACGAGAAAAGAAUCAAAGAAUUUGAUUCGGAAAUCGAAGAUGCUGAAAAGAAUCUGGGAGAAUCUGAGGUUCGUCAGGCUCUUUUGCGAAAAUUCGAAUAUUAUUGCCAAAUUGGAGACAAAGAAAACGCUACUAAAACUUACAAGACAACAUAUGAAAAAACCGUUGGAAUGGGCUACAGAAUCGAUUUGGUUUUCUCAAUGAUCCGAGUUGGUCUCUUCUUCCUCGAUCAUCAUUUGAUUAACAAAUUCAUCUCAAAAGCCAAAGAGCUAAUGGAGCAAGGAGGAGAUUGGGAGAGAAAGAAUCGUCUCCGCUCAUACGAAGCCCUCUACAGAAUGUCUGUUCGUGAUUUCGCUGGAGCUGCGAAUCUUUUCCUCGAAGCGGUUCCAACAUUCGGCUCGUACGAGUUGAUGACUUAUGAGAAUCUUAUCAUGUACACCGUCAUCACUACCACAUUUGCUCUGGAUCGUCCGGACCUUCGAAGCAAGGUUGUGGAAUGCAAUGAAGUUCAAGAGCAGCUCACUGGUGGAGGAAAUAAUGGUUCCCUGAUCCCAGUUCGUGAAUACUUGGAAUCAUAUUACGAUUGCCAUUACGAUCGCUUCUUCAUUCAAUUGGCAACGUUGGAAUCGGAAAGAUUCAAAUUUGAUCGCUACCUUUCCCCGCAUUUCAACUAUUAUUCUCGUGGAAUGAGACACAAGGCCUACGAGCAAUUCUUGACGCCAUAUAAGACUGUCCGAAUCGACAUGAUGGCGAAAGAUUUUGGAGUCUCGCGUGCUUUUAUUGAUCGCGAGCUUCAUCGUCUCAUUGCUACCGGCCAACUGCAAUGCAGAAUUGAUGCUGUCAAUGGAGUCAUUGAGGUGAACCACCGCGAUUCGAAGAAUCACCUGUACAAAUCGGUGAUCAAGGAUGGUGAUAUUUUAUUGAAUCGGAUUCAGAAGCUCGCGCGGGUGAUCAAUGCGUAA